ACCACAUUGACGAAUAGGCACGAGUAUACAUUAAAAACCUUUGAGUGCUUCUCAGUAUUACCAGUAGUUUCAAUUUUAAAUAAAAAUAUAUGCAAUUUUACUCAGGUUCUCAAACAUCUGAGCCUUUGACCAAUAUUUUUGAGAGAAUUAUUUUUCGUUGCUUGCUCAGCACUCAGCACAUAAAACCUUUAUGAGACACCACACUUACCCAUGAUGCUUUUAGGUGAAAUGGUGCCAAGCAGUAAAAAUCUGUCCUGGUGCUGUGUCUACAAUCUCAUAUAUAUAUAUACACACCAUACAAUCAUUAUGACACCCUAGAAAAUUUCCAGUGCUAAAAAAGAAGGAAGGAGGAAAACAGUGAGAAGAACAGUUCAAUUAAAUUAAAUAUUGCCAAGAAUGAUAGUGGCAUAUGUGUAUCUGAAUUAUCCAUUCAGUAUGGCAUGAUUAAGUCAAAUGAUAUAGGCAAUAUUGAAACAUAAAGAGGCCAUUAAAGCAGCUGAUGUAAAAGUUCUAACAAAGCAAAAGUCUCAGAUAAUUUGGAGGUGGCAAGGUUGGGAAUAAUCGUAUAUAAAAUACAGCUCUGGAUAUAUUUUUAUGCCUCAGAUAGUUGGGCACUUAUGACAUCAUAAACUUUGCAAAAACCUGCCUUGAACUUGAGAUUUUGGUAUGUUGUAUAUAUUAAGUCCUCAUUUAUUAUCAUUUUGCUGUAAUGUUGAGUAUAAAAUAGAUUCCUGGCUGGGAUAGCUGUCAGUGUGGAGUUUGCAUGUUUUCCCCAUGUAUGGAUUUAUUUUUUACAGUACCAGUGAGUUAACAGUAGAAGAUCCUGUAACUCAUUCAGAGAAAAUUCCAGUCUACAUUAACAUCACAUUGCUGAAAGUUGGCUGUGAUUAUGUUGGUCUGGACAUCCAGGAUGAUAUGGGGCGCCAUGAAGUUGGUUUCCAGGACAACACAGUCAAAGUACCACAGGAAGGAGGCGGCUGUCGCUUUGAGUCUCAUUUUCUUAUCAACAAGGUUCCAGGCAAUUUCCAUGUAUCUACACACUCAGCUAGAAAGCAACCAGAAGAACCUAACAUGAGUCACAUAGUGCAUAAAGUUCGUUUUGGCAUGGAACUUGAAGAGGGGAAGAAUGUCAAAGGAUCCUUCAAUCCAUUGCAGAACGUGGACAAAUCCAAUUCUGAUGCAAUGGCAUCUCAUGACUACAUCCUUCGAGUUGUGCCUUCUGUUUAUGAAGAUAUAAAAGGCAACAUUCAAUUUCCAUUUCAGUACACAUUUUCCUCAAGAGAAGUAGUCCAGUUUCACCAUGGAGGUGUUGCCAUGCCUGCAAUAUGGUUCCGUUAUGAACUUAGUCCCAUCACUGUUCGCUAUAAAGAGAAAAGAAAGCCCUUCUACACAUUUUUGACCACGGUGUGUGCUAUUGUUGGUGGUACAUUUACUGUGGCUGGCAUCCUGGACUCCUUGCUUUUUUCAGCUACAGAGAUCUUCAGGAAGGCUGAACUAGGAAAGUUAGGAUGAAUUUAUAAAGGAGAAACUAUCAUAGCUGCUACAACAGUAAUACAUUCCGCUUCAAAACUGUACAAAGUAGUGUUCUAGCACAAAGAAAAUUCUUGUGAUGGGUGCCUAUUGUUUGUCCCUUGUUUGGUGGCGGCAGUUAUUCAUAUGGUUACUUCAGGUCAGAUUUGCAGGCCAGCUUAUAUCUUUAAGAGAAUUGCAUGGAAAUGUGAUUUUGACUUGUUAAACUAGAUGUUUAUUUUGAGUAUGUGUAUGUGCAGGUAUGUGUAUUUUAGAGACUAAUUUAUAGGGAAAGUGGUUGGCUUUCCUGCAAAAAUCUAAUAUUACCGCUAUUUUCAAGAAUGGAAAAUAUAUGACCCACAUAACUAUAAAAGUUUAGUUUGCUAAGCUGUGUGACAGACUGACACAAUUCUAAAAAAAAAACCAAAAAACUGUAGCAUUACUUACCUCUCUAUAUCAAUAGCUUGGGUUGAUUGUUUAGUAUGUGAAAUAUGACUGUAGAAGUUUGUUAACCUCUUGUCAACAUGACCUAAGUCAAAAAGACAAGUGUUGGUCUAGCUGCUGUCUGGUCAUUUGCUUAUUUCUUCCUCUGUUAGAUAAUUACACAUAAGUCUGAAGCGUGUCAUUAUUGAACUAAGGUAAAUGACUGCGUCAUGGGCUUGGGUGAUCCCUGUUUGCGGUACCCGCGAGGACUAUUUACAUGCUGAUUUGAGUUUUCUUUUGUACAUUUCACACAGGCAGUUUUUGCUGAUUAUUGAUUCCCAGCACCUUCACAUGAUAGCAGUAUUUAAUCAUAAACAUAUGGAACAUAUUUUCCCAUAUUAGCUUUCUGUUUUCAUAUCACCUGUGAGGAAAUAUCUUUCUUGAAGCUUAAAUCUGACAUCAGGUAGAUGGUGGAAUGAAGCUAUGGAUUCACAAAUAUUUCAACAAUAUAAAUUUUGCUUUGACAAAGACCUUAUUGAGGCAACUAAGGGACCAAAAGUCAGGAAUAAAAAUGAGUACAUACACAACAGUGUGUUGUAUUCGUGAAGAUAGGAAUGGCCAUGAAACUUUCAUAUAUGAAAAAGACUUGAAUCAUCUCACUAAUAAAGGAGGAAGAUUUGAUCUAUUUUGCUGGCUAUGCAUCUGACAUUUUUAUUUCAUUUGUUCUACAUCUGCUGAAGCAUCCACCAAUCUACCAUGUAGAUCAUAGAUAGCACCAAGGUGGGGAUUGCAGGAGUCCAAACCAUUGUUUCUAGUAGCUAAAUAUAUGUUUUAGAGCAAUUUUAUUACUAUUAUUUAUAGAAAUAUGUGACUAAUGUCUUGCAUGGAUGUAUACAAAAAAACCGCACUGAAAGAUGUCGGACAAGAAUGCCCACCUUGUGCGCUCAAAUAUUUAGCAAGAUACAGCAUAUUUGAAUCUCUAAUGGUUGAAAUUAGCAUCUGUAUCUUGUGCUAGUUGUUUUCCUGCUUGUGGCAUGAGCUAAGAGUGCAAACAGGUAUGUUGCUUAUAGUGUUAAGUGCACAUAUGUGUAAAUUAAGAGUCUGAGUACACUUGUUAAAUGAAAGUUCUUGCUUUCACACAGAAAGGGAUUUGGGUUUACAGGUGUAAAGUUGUUCUUGUGUGCAUGAACUGCAUGUGAAAUAGAUGGUAAGUGCUCUUAAAUUAUGCACCACUUAUGUCUGUUAAAAUUUUGUUUAUUAGUACUGACUUCACUUACACUUCUUUUGUUUUGUACCUAUACUUAAACCUCUUUCGAAAAUUAGUAUAUUUGCAUUUUCAUACUCAAAAGGUAUAAGCAUGAGUAGUUUAAAAAUUUACCAACUCCAUGUUACACAUCAACUACAUUUGUGAAGGUUUAUGGUGAGCAUUAGAGUGUUAAGGGUUAAUGUGGGCAUUCUUUUUUAGUAUCAUUUUCAGAACAGACUGGUACAGGUUUUUAAGAGAUACUGUAUUUAAAAAAUGGAUAAGCUUUCCAAAAUUUAUCCAGAUUUACUCUGAUCUACUGCUUCACAAACUGUAAUAAUAGUUUAAAAUACACCAUUCUAGCCAGUGGUGAUUUUUCUAAACUUUUUUAAAAACUAAUAUAAAAAAAUUACUAAUAAUGGAGAUUUAGAGAUAAAGUCCGGAAGUCAACUUUGAUGUUCCUGUCUUUUAAUGAUAAAACAAUAAAAAAGGACUGCAUGCCAUUAAUAAUAGGCCCAUUAUUUCAAAGAAACAAAUUUUCGGAAACUGAAAUAACGGAAGCUAGUUGACUGUAAAGAUCUGCAAUAUUACAAUGCAUGCCAACUGUUUCUUCACAUAGGCUUUAUGUUUUUUUCAGACAUGUUUGUAUAAGUGUCAGGGAAAUUUUCAAUAUUGAAAGAAGCAAAUCAACAAACUGCUUAUAGAAUAAUUUCAUGUAUAAAACUUCGAUGCCAAGGGAUACCUUCAUUUGGGUUCAUACCUGUUGUUGUGAUGCUGCCACUUCAGAAUCAUGUGCCUUAUUACCUUUACCUAACCCGAACAUGUUUUUAGCGGGAGGCUCAUUUCUAAGUGUCAGUGUGAUAGUCUAAUUCCUUUAGUUUCCUUUUUCAAAACAAGUGGUAAGAAAAUCGAUAUUCAGUUUUUUAGCUUCUCCCUUCUCCUAUUCACGAACCAAAGCUUGGUAAAUCUGCUACUCACAAAUAAUUGGUUGAUUUCUGGCAUUCAUGGCCUCAGGGUUGGCCUGACCCUCCAAACCUCAUUCUCAGCCGGUAAUUUAUCAGAUGUGGCCUCUACUGAUAAAAUAGAUCAGGGUAAAAUGGCAAAGAUUAUGUUAAUCUAGUCAAGCAUGGGUGAGUACAAUUUAUUUUUGAGAACUUAUAAAUGAACUUGGCAACUAUGAUGUUACAGAAUUGUUUAGUAAAUAUUUUUGUUGAAUUCAUAUUUGACAUAACAGAUGCCAUAAAAAGAAAAUGAAUAUCUUAGUCAACAUUUCCCUUCAUUUUUUUUCUCUCAAUUAGAUCAGUCAUGCAUGCCCUGGGUAAUCAUUAUUUUUGCUAACAUUUGCACAGGAGGCAUGACUGAUAUUUAGUAAAUUAGACCUGCAGUUUCUUGUGCGGAUUUAUUUUUAUUUUCAUGCUUUUUGUUCUUGAUUAAUGCACAUGCAAUCUCAUCUGUUUCUUUAGGAAUCUCUGUUUUGUGGUUGUUUGAACUACCUGUUUAGUGGUUUAGGAAUCUGGAGAUCUGUUAACUGUUUCUCUAACAAUUUGACUUAUUGGUUAAUUGCUGAUGCCUUUGAAUUUGAACCCUGAUCUUUUUGGUAUACACACGUGAUCACAGUGCACAAACCAGAAAGAGACUCAUUUUAGCAGUGAUUUUAUUUUAUAUUCAGUAUUUUAUCUUCUAUAAUUUGUUAUCUCCAUUUUCUAGAGUACUUGUAAUUUUUUUAUAUGAUGCUGUCUUAUGUUUUUAUUCAAGCUCUAUGUACAUUUAUUCAAACUCUGUAUGAGCAAAGUGAAUGGGUGAAUUGCUGCUUUUGUACGUCAAUUUGUCCAUGCCUAAAGAAUAAAUUUAAAUUAAAGUGCUAUUAUUGACUUUAAACUUAUUAAUCUAUAUUAAAGGUACUAAUUUUGGUGCAUAGAUUUGUUGAAAACUGUUAUUACCCCGAUGACUACAGAGUUUUUAGACUAGACAAUAUUCAGAUCUUUAUUUCCAAAUAAAUUGUAAGUCAUCUUACAAUUAAUGCAUAUGUUGUCACUUUACCUAUUUUAUAGUUUCCACUUGUAAGCAUAAUUUGAUACAAGUACAUUAACUGCUAAAGUUAUUAUGACAAAUUGUGUUUUAUGAUAUAAUACCUUAUGUGGCCAAGACGAGAGAAUAGAAUGAAGAUUGUAUUGGGGAGUGGUAACAUUUUUUGUAGUGAACUGACAAUCUUCUGUACAGAGUGAAAAAUGAGAGAAGUCAUAGAUUUGUGCCGCUUUAAAUGCAAGUGCUUGAUAUAGUUCACCAGUGACAUUUUAGAAUGAUAUGGAUACAGAAAAUAUAAGCAUAUUCUUAUGUGCCAAACAUAAAAUGUCCUUGAAUGAGAGUAAGCCAACAAAUUAGGGCAUAUACUAUGACCAUUUCUUUUCUUAUAUUGGCAUACUUAUCGUUUCACACACAUUGGCCUGUAGUUUUUUUUCACAUAAGGCAUCAUUGUUUACUUUUGGGGGGAAUAAAUUUUCAAGAGCAGAUCACAGGUUUCUAGAGAUAUAAGGGAAGCUUAAUAUUUUUUCACUAUAGUCAUUUACUGAUUUCAGUCAUCUCUCAGAGAUAUGCCUCUGCUUUGACAAAGCGGUUGUACAAAUGUUUCAUUUACUGAUGUACAGUUUAUUGCAGACAGUUGAAAUGAAUGGUUAAUAACAACCGAUUAUUUCUGCAUGUUCAAAUAAACAAUGCUAAAAAUUUA